AUGCCAGACUCAAUACAGCCCCCAAAUUACUCUGAAAUAGUCAAUUCCGAGAGAACGGCAGAGUUGAGCGAGCUGUAUCCCUCUGUGCCACCUAGGAAUGAGGACUACACGCGCAGUAAAGAGGAAGUUCUAGCUGUCGCAGGUGAUGGAUCUGAAUCAGAUGCAAGCGAUGGAAGCAGUGCGCCGAUGGACAUGAACCCACCGUAUUUCGAGGAGAUUCCUCCGCCUCCAGCAGAAGAAACCUACAAUUUCAAGGAUGCCGAGCUCUUCAAAACAAGUGAGCGGAUACUAGAUGAUUUGAGAAAUGACCCGUUUUUCUUGCUCAGUGGAUUUGAUGUAUCGGAGGAAAUUGGAAAGGGAAUUCUAGGUGAGGAAACAGUCGACUACGCAGAAAGAUUACAAGGGUUCAUCAAAAAAUCAGCCAAAAAAUACCAGGCAUUCAUCCCGGUAUCCACGUUCCAGCAGCUCAACACAGCGAAGACUGAGGAAUUGGAUAAUGGUUGGAAGUUGUGGACCGUCGAUGGUAUCAUUGCUCCCUCGCCUCAACUGUCCAUGCCCAAGCAUCCGCUCUUCCACUUUAGAAUCAAGAUUAAGGGAAAAGGAAACGCCAUGCAUGUGAAACACAAGUUCUAUCGUUUUGCCGAUAACCAAUUGUUGGAAAGGGACAAGAAAGAUUUAAUGCUGGACGUUGAUGGAAUCAAAAAACAGGCGUCAAUUGCCUUGGACGCAGAGCAGGAGUAUAACAAUAGGGUCCUGGUGGACUCAAUUCCGCAAGUUAUAGACUCGGCAAAUUAUGUCUGUGAGACUACAGGAACAGUUCUCAGAGUCGAAGUUUAUCCCUCAAUAUUCAACUACGAUGACCUCAAGCAUUUUGAGAAGGAAGAGAUCGAACUCAGGGUUUCAUAUUUUCUUUCUCAACUGCCGGACAGCGGUAUUGAUAAAUUUUCUGUUCCCUCAACAAUUGACUGCUUGAACACAUUAUUCAAGGUUCUAAAAGGCCCUCUUACAAACUUAGACACAGACGAUAUCAAAACUCUCAAACCAAACAACUCCGUUGUUUUGAGACUGCAUUUACAGUUGGAACUUCUGCCUUCAAAGCUAUUUUUCAGAGAGAUCAAUGAUGAGCUUCAGCCGCCUCGAUUUUCGGAUCUAGGUCAGUAUAUGAAAGUCGGGUACGACUAUUACUUGAGGGCCAUGACAGAAGUUCUCUACCUAGGAUCCAUAUUUUCUCCAACGUCAGAUUUUUUCAAGAUCAAGACGACAUUCCAGUCUGAUAUGAGUCAAGUGUUCAGGAUUUUGAACGAGCCUGACCUGUCCAAUCAGCUACAGUACUGGGACAAAUUCCAGUAUGCCACAGCCUUGACUACUCUUAGUAUUUGUCCAUACUAUACGGACGACAUGAUCAUAGAUUGCUACUCGAUUAUGACUAAUUUGAAUCCUGACAACACGCCGGAGCUCUUUGAUGCCUUGACGUAUUGUGCUACAUCAAGACAAGGAAAUGAUCUAUCGAUGUUUGUUGCCACACUUAGAUCCAGGGGUGUGGUAGGUUUCACUGAGCUAAGAAGCUGCUUCCAAAAGUUUGGCUUUGACGUCACAAAUCCUGAGGUUGUACGCACUUUGACUGACGACCAGCUCAUAUCUUCAUACAAAAAUAAUGUCAUUGUCAGCACUACGAAGUACGAACGUUCAACCUUUAGAGAGGCCCUAGAGAAGGUUGGCCAAUACCGAGAAAGUUCGAAGAUUCAAAACUUUUUGGAAACGGAGCCCAUGUUUGAUGUUUCCGAGGCAUAUGAAACGCUAGAAACAGAUCCAUCAGUGGAUGAUGAUGUUCUAAUCACUGCUUUUCAGCUUAAAGCAGAGGAUUCUGUCUACUACUCUUCUUUGUACGCCAGAGCGCUAAUGACCAUUGCGCUGCACAGAAAGAGCCCUAUGCUAUUCAGCUACAUCCAUGCCAGCCUUCCACAAUUUGUCCAAUCGACUCCGUCGCUGGAGGAGGCAUACGAAAUGAUAGGCUGCGAUCAAUAUGCAGACGACUCCUCGGUGGUUAGAAUCUUCCAGGAGAGAGUGGCCAAAGAGACGAAUGUUGACUUCUAUCGUCUUUGGGUUUGCUUGAAAGUGAUUGGGGAGACAAAGAAAUCAAAGUUGAUAGAGGGAUUCCUGAACUCGGGAGUUAUGGAUUCCAGGCUACUUUCCGUGGAGAAGACGCCAGCCGGCUUAAAUAAUAUCGGAAACACCUGCUACCUCAACUCAUUGCUCCAGUACUAUUUUGUCAUUGAACCUUUGAGAAGCCUGAUUUUGCAAUUCAACAAGACACUGAAGAAGCAGAAAGUUGAAAAUGAUGCAAACUACCUUGUCCGCAGAAUCGGAGGAAGAACUGUUGGAUACAAAGAGAUUGAAAGAUCCUACCAGUUCAUGUAUCAACUAAGAGACCUGUACCACAAAAUGAUUCAUGAAAAUGCAAGAUGCGUCCAACCUACUAGGGAACUUGCGUAUCUUGCAUUUAGUCCUAUAAGUGACGAGGUCGAGUUUGCAGAAGAUACGGGUGAAUCCGAAGAUGUCGUAAUGCGUGACGAUGAGGACAAUGAGGAGCAAUCUGAACUUCAGGAGCAUGGCGAGGUGAGUAUGGAGUUGGUAGAAAAAGCGAAGCCAGUUGAGGGGGCGCCUGAGAUCAAGCAAUAUGAUCACUCCGGAAUGGAAUUGGGUGAGGAAAUUCCUCCAGCACACAAAAAACCUCCCCUUCAUAGUGCUGCUACGGCCAAAAUCAGCGCAGAUCAAAUUGAAAAUGCUCUUGAGAUAGGAAGACAACAGGACGUGACAGAAUGUAUUGAGAAUGUGCUGAUUCAAAUAGAAAGUGCGCUCGAGCCUGAAAACCUGGACUCAGACAAUGAGCAGAUUGAUCUCGUGAAGCAGCUCUUCUAUGGGAAGACAAAACAGAUUUUGAUGCCCGUUGACCCAGUGACUAAAGAGGAAAUCAGCUCUGCUAGAGCGAGGACGAAAGAGGAGAGAUUUCUGAAUCUUAUUGUCAACAUUGGAGAUCAUCCAAGAGACAUUUACGAUGCGCUCGAUACGUACUUCACUGAAGAUUUGCUUCAACUGGACAAUGAGGAGGUCAAAAGGUCUCUCACAAUCACCGAGCUUCCGAAAAUCCUGCAAAUCCAGAUACAGAGAGUCCAGUUUGACCGAGAAAGGCUUAUGCCUGUGAAAUCAAUCGAGCCGCUUCCAUUCAAAGAAAAUCUCUACAUGGACAGGUAUAUGGAGACUACUGACAGUGAACUCAUCUCAAAGAGAAAGGAGGUCUUCAUGUGGAAAAGACAAAUUGCCGAACUUCAGGAACGCCGAAGAAAGCUUACCGAACCUAAUGAACACGGUCUCGCUCUUCGGGAUGCUCUUGAUUCUACUAGUCAAUUCCUUAAAUCACAGAUCCUCAAUGAUAUUGGGGUUCUAGUUAAUUCCGACAUCCUGGAGGUUCUUGAUGAGCAAAUUUCGAAAAUUGACGAGCAAUUAAACUUCAUUAAGAGCGAGGUGGAAAGACUACAGAAUCUGAUAACUAACCAGUUCAGCGAUCUCACCAAUAUUGGGUACUCGGUGUUUGCGAUUUUCAUUCACAGAGGACAAGCUUCCUAUGGGCAUUACUGGAUUUACAUCAGAGAUCCGAAGUCCAACCUGUACAGAAAAUACAACGAUGAAAUUGUGAGUGAGGUGCCAAUAGAGGAAGUGUUGAACUUUAGCGAGAACAACAGUGCAACUCCAUAUUAUCUCGUGUUCGUGAAGAACGAAUUUCUGGACGCCAUCCAGCCUCUCAAAAGGGAGAUCAAAGAGAAUUACCAGCAUGUUUUGGAUCAAUGA